CUCAGAAUCGAGUCUUCACCUUGUUGACACAGAGUAGAAAACCAGUUAACCCAUCUCUGAUGAACACAGUUCUUCAUUCUGCGAUACUAUGAAGUGAGGACAUACUGACACCAUCCAGGAGGACUUGUAUGACUUUUGCCCUACAAUGUGAUGGAUCCUCCUGAAAGGCGAAAUGGAACAAUCCAGAGACAAGAUGCAAGUGACACUGACUUCCCCAUGCCUCUGAGAGAGGAUCUACAUGGAACACACAUUUACGAGUAUAUUGAGGUCUUUCCUGAAAAUGAUGAAACACAUUUGUAUGAGUGCACCUUGUCUGGGCUCCUAUCCCCAACUGAACCACAACCACAACCCCAAGGCCAUCUCUGGACUCAAGGCAAAGGAGGUACAGGGAAUACUGACCACGCAGGCACAAAUAGGCCUCUUCCACUCCGUGCCCCUCCCCCUCCACCCAGAACCAGACUUCCAAGUGCAUGUUUGCCAGGUAAAUCGGGCCGUGAAGCCCCCCCUGUUCCCCCCAGAACACGAGUACCCCUCCACAACAGCAAAAAGCAGUUUUCCUCUGGCCUCACUGAGCCUGCUCACAAACUGAACCGUUCCAGGACAGAAAUAGACAAUCAUGAGCCAUGGACCGUGAAUCUAAUAGACACUCCACAAGGCAGCACCAAGAGGCUCGCUUCUUUUUGUGACGCAACUUCCAGGCUGAUGUCGCAGCACAAACACACAGACAGCGUUCAUAACUCAGGUGUGGUAUGGGGUCGAUUGUUACAAAUCCACCCUGCGCUGCUGCAGCAGUUGGAGGUGACUGUCAGUGUGGCCACUGAGUGGGAGAAUCAGCAGGUCCCCUUCCCCACCCCCGUGAACAGGACAGUGAAGAGUCUGAUUGAUCAAAUCUUCCAGCUGCUGGAUCUCCCUCCCAGAACAAGUGGCCAUUAUCUUCUAAAACUUUGCGACUCUGAAGAAUACCUCCGAAAUGAUGAACUGCUGGGUAUGCAUGAGACUAUUCAGAUCUACAACAAGUUUCAAGUAGUCGUCCCCCUCCGACUGCUCCACGUUGACAACCUCAAACAUCGUCUGGCCAGGGAUGGAGCGGACGACAGGACCCCGUGCCUAGUGUACAAGUUCCUGCGUCCUGCCUGUGUCUUCGACACCUGCAAGUUGAGCCUGCAGGGUGUACUCAGCAGUUUGAACAGAGAGGUGACAGAGGUUAUGAAAAGUAAGUCUGGGAUGAACGUUAAAGUGCUUGUGGAUCAUGUUCGCACCGUCAGCAGUCUACUGUGUGGGUUCUCAUGCCAGGAGUUGGAGGACGCCAUCAGUCGCCUCAACAGACUCAACCCCAUGCCUUUGAGUCAUGAGGAGAUAUUUGAGUGUGAAAGUGCGAUAAUCAUGCUCCAUGGGGCGCUGCUCAAAGUGCUGCAGAUCUUUUUUGACAACUUCCAGUCAGACUUCAGAGGUCAGGAGGUAACCUGCAACCCGCAAACACAUGACGUUGAGGACAACACCGAAAUCUGCCAAUUCAACGUUGCUGCCCUCUACAAUCUGCAACUCAGCUGGCUGACCGUUUAUGAGUACUUCUCUGUUUCCUGUGAGUUGACGUACGAAGGAGCGAGGCUCUGCGACACGGGUAUUUCUGAAAAUAUCAGCACUGCCCUGUCAUAUGGAAACAAGAUCCAGUGUAACCGCAUGAUGGUCUUCCCGGUUCCAGUGAAAGAGCUGCCAUAUGAGAGCAUGUUGACAUUUCACCUCAAAGGCUCUAAGAAAGGAAAGAGCCCAGAGCUUUUAGGCUGGGCCGUACUACCUCUUUACAGCAACAGCACUCUUGUAGCAGGGACUGUCCUGCUCAGUCUGUCCACACUGGCGGUGUCGCCUGCUCCUCCCUCCCCUGCCCUGUUUGACAGCCACACACAACCCAUUGGAGUCAUAAUGCAGCUUGAGUUUCAAAAUGAGUGUAAGUGGACGUACCAGAGGCCGAUCGCACUCACCGGUUCAGUCGUAUUCUCUCAGGCUUGUGAGGAAUUGCAAAAGAAAAUGCUGGACGUCUCUAAGAAGCACUGCAUCUGCUUUCUAACAGAAAAUGAGAAGACUUUCCUCUGGGAGAAGCGUCACUGUGGUGACAAAGGAUGUACUUUCCUCCACCUGAUGCUGGGUGGAGUCCAACUGUGGAAACCUGAAUACUUGACAGAAAUCUAUACAGUCGUAGAGAACUGGCUCAUGUAUCUGCCUGAGGAGGCCCUCUUCCUGCUCAGUGACAGUUUUCAUGAUCAGACUGUGCGGCGUGCUGCAGUUCAAUUCUUUAAACAGAUCCCAGAUGAAGACCUGGAGGUGUAUCUGCCACAGCUGGUCCAGGCUCUGAAGAGUGAGUGGGAGCUGGAUGGACCUCUGGUGAUGCUGCUGUUGGAGAGAUCAAUGAGGAACAUACGAUUGGCCCAGCAACUCUUCUGGCUGCUGGAGGAUGCCCACAGCGACCCCUAUUACCAGAGUUGGUACAGUAAGAUAAAGGCUGUUCUGCGGCACUGUUGUGGCCAGACACUGAGGCAGGAGCUUGAGCAUGAAACCCGACUGGUGUCCGUGCUUGUACAGGUGGCUGAGAAUGUCCGUACCGCCGACAAGGCUCGACGUAAGAAUGUGUUGAACAAAGAAAAGCAGAAGAUCGAUGACUUCUUCAAAGAUGGGAUCAGCUGCUGUCUGCCACUGGAUCCUGCAGUCCGUGUUAAGGCAGUUGCCUUGGAUGCUUGUAAGUUCUACAACUCUAAUGCUGCUCCUCUGGGGAUCACGUUCAUCAGUACUGACCCUCUGUCUAAGAACGUCAGUGUCAUCUGCAAGACAGGAGAUAACCUGCGUCAGGACAUGCUGGUACUUCAGAUAGUCCGUGUGAUGGACAGGGUGUGGCUGCAGGAGGGGCUGGACCUCCGAAUGGUCACCUAUAGGUGUCUUUCUACAGGCAAAGCUCAGGGUCUGGUGGAAGUGGUUCCAGAGGCAGUGACCCUGGGGAAGAUUCAGCAGGAGUGGGGUCUGGGUGGGACCCUUCGUGAGGACACACUGGAGAAAUGGUUCCAUAUGUGGAAUAAAACUAAGGAGGAUUAUGAGAAGGCUGUGAUGAACUUCAUCCACUCGUGCGCAGGGUGGUGCGUUGCCACGUUCAUCCUGGGGAUCUGUGACCGCCACAACGACAACAUCAUGUUGAAACACAGUGGACACAUGUUCCACAUUGACUUUGGCAAAAUUAUGGGCAAUGCACAGAAGUUUGGAAACUUUAAAAGGGACCGGUCACCAUUCAUCUUUACAUCUGAGAUGCAGCACUUCAUCACAGGUGGGGGGCAGAAGCCUCAGUGGUUGCAUCGCUUUGUGGAGCUCUGCUGUGAAGCUUACAACAUAAUCAGACGGCGCUCUGCACUGAUACUCAGCUUAUUGGAGCUGAUGCUGAACGCAGGUAUGCCAGAACUGAAGGACUCUAACGACCUGCAGUAUGUCCAGAACAACCUCAGACCUCAUGACACUGACCUGGAGGCCACAUCCUACUUUACAAAGAAGAUCAAAGAGAGCAUGGGCUGUGUUGCAGUGAAGUUUAACUUCCUGACACACAGCAUGGCUCAAGGGAAGAAACAAGAAUCAAGAGCCAGGGAGGGCAUCCCCAGUCCCAGCAACAACAUCCAAGAAGCUGUUAUCCAGGGAUACACCGUCAAGGGAAAAGAUGUGAUCUAUGCUCUGAGAGUAACCAUUCACGAUGGUUAUCUGACCAGUGAGAAGACAUUCGGGCAGUUUGAGCUGAUCCAUAAGCAGCUGCAGAAAUACUUCAUUGAAUCCAUGCUGCCUCAGUUUCCUAGCUGGUAUAAGAUGUCAUUCACUCCAGCCAGGAAGAUGUCUCUGCUGAAUAAAUACCUAAAACAGCUUUUUGAGGGACCAUGCAAGGGAAAUGAAUAUGUCUGCAGCUUGUUCCUGGAUGGCCCCACCAUAGUCCAAGAAAGUGUGGCGACAGGAGCCCGUCCUCAGAUCCAGCUGUACAUUUCUUACGCUAACUCUAAGCUCUCGGUCUUGGUAAAACACCUGAAGAACGUUAAGCAGGCAAACGGCUCUAACCCUGACGCCUACGUGGUCACGCGUCUGAGACCGGACCCUCACCAGCGCUCCAAGAGGAAGACAAAGGUGGUCCGCAAUAAUGACAACCCCACUUUCAAUGAACUGCUGGAGUAUAAUUCUGUCUCACUGCUCUAUGGGAUGGUGCUGGAAGUGACAGUGAAGAGCAAGAAGACUUUUGUGGCUGCAACCAACAUUAAACUGGAUGACAAGCUGCUUGACACGGAAACAUGGUUUCCCCUGGGGAACUGUGCAAUCUGA